AAUGUUUUUAAAAGCGUCGAACAGCUUUCUUGUGAGCUUCAGCCGCACUCGAGCCACAUAUUAUCAACAGAAUCAGAGGUUUCCGCCAGCUUUUGUUCGUCGUUUCCUUCUCCGCUACCCAAGUGCUCAUCUAUAUCUUGUCUUUGGUCUCUGCUCGUCGGCAAUGGUGGCUCCAGUUCUACACUCGUGUUACCUGUACAUGACAAUGUCGAAAAACGAAUUCGAACAGUAUCGUGUGGAGCAGAAUGCAGUCGUUUUGGAAAGACAGAAAUUUGGGAAAGGAUUGUGGUUUCCGUUUAUGUCGAAAGAAGAACCAGCUCCAACGGCGCCGGCUCCUCAAUAAUUUUUGCUUUUUUUUUAAAUUUCAAUUGUUUUUGUUUUUGGAACAGCAUUUAAUAAUAAAGAAUAGAAAUACCUU